AUGACAUCAGUGAGACCUCUUCGGAACAACGCCUAUGAGAACUUUGCCCUAAAGAACAAUUACGAGGUCUCCGAAUUACUCGGCUCCGGGGCUUACGGUCGCGUUUUCAGAGGCACUUCUCCAAAUGGCUUGACUGUAGCUCUCAAGGAAAUUAUAAUCCCUGCAGACGAUCAGGGGAUCCCGUUGAGUACGCUGCGAGAGCUGAGUGUACUGAAGAAGGUCCAGGCUUAUAAUUCACCCUAUCUCGUUCAAAUGUUAGACAUUUCUUUGUGUCGGCGGGCGGAGAAUUUGUGCAUUUAUAUUGUUUUUGAAUUCAUUGACUGUGAUCUCUCGCGUUAUAUUUCGCAUCAUGCACCAAAAGUCGGUCUACCCAUCAGCUCUAUUCGAAACUUGGCGUCGCAAUUACUCAAGGGUAUUGAUUUUCUUCACUCCCACCGGAUAAUUCACCGUGAUCUAAAGCCCGCUAACAUCUUGAUAAACGAAGCAGGCACUCGACUGAAAAUAACCGAUUUUGGCCUUUCUCGUGUACUCGGGUGGGAGUCACCCCUCACACCCAUUGUGGUCACACUGUGGUACCGUUCACCGGAGAUCUUAAUUCAGUCUGAAUACUCAUCAGCUUGCGACGUCUGGGCUGCAGGCUGCAUAAUAGCUGAGCUGUUUAAUUUGAAGGCUCUAUUUAUUGCUGACUCAGAGAUUCCCAUGCUGAAGAAGAUUCUAGAGUAA